UCAUUUAAUUUGCAGUUGUAUAUAUGUGUUUAUAGCUAUCUAGGUGCUUCUCAACAAGCCUAGAUAUAGAUAUAGAUAUAUACUCCGUAGUAGUUGCUGCUGCAGAUCAGAGUGCAGGCUACUAGUAUAGAGAAAUGGGAAAGAAGGGAGGAUCCUCCUGGUUGACUGCUGUGAAAAGGGCUUUCAGGUCUCCUACUAAAGACCCACCUCAAAACAGAAAUCACACAAAUAAUAUUCAGCUUGAAGAUAAUGACGAAGAAAAGAAAAGGGAGAAGCGAAGGUGGCUUUUCCGGAAGGCAGCUAGCCAUGAAAACGCUACUCCUACUCAACAAGGGAUAGCUGUUCAGCUGCCUAAGCACACAAAUAACGCAGAUUCAGAAGAAGAAGAGCAGAGGCAUAAUAAUAAUAAUAAUAAUAAUAAUAAUAAUGCCAUUGCGGUGGCUGAAGCUGCCGUUGCCACUGCUCAGGCAGCCAUGGAAGUUGCUCAUCGUCUUGCCAACCCUUCUCCCAUUUCUAGUAAUGUUUAUUAUUAUUAUUAUGCAACAAGGGACAGGGAACAACAUCUUGCUGCCGUUAUAAUUCAAACUGCCUUCAGAGGAUAUCUGGCGAGGCGAGCUCUUAGCGCACUCAAAGGACUAGUAAAGUUGCAAGCUCUGGUAAGAGGUCACAAUGUGAGGAAGCAAGCAAAGAUGACACUGAGAUGUAUGCAAGCUCUGGUUCGAGUACAGUCUCGGAUACUUCACCAGCGCAUCACCCAUUCCCAUGAAGGAACCAGAAAUUCAACUUUCAGUGACAACACCAACCCCAUCUCCAUCUGGGAUAAUCCCCCUCGUUAUGUUCAACACUUUUCUGAUAGGAGAUCAAUGUCUAGAGAUGGAGGUAGUAGCAUCCCAGAUGAUUGGGAUGAACGCUCGCAUACUAUUGAGGAGGUUAAAGCAAUGCUCCAGAGCAGAAAAGAAGCAGCUUUUAGGCGACAAACUAACUUAUCAUCCCAACAGAUGUGGAGAGGGGGUAAAAAUCAGUCAAUAGGCAGUGAGGAUGAAUUUGGGGAAAGGCAGCAGGAGAGAUGGAUGAUGAUGGGUGCAGCAGCAAAACCAUGGGGGGAUAAUAAUGUCAGGGAAAGACCUUCAACUGAUCAUCAUCACAUAAUUGACAACGUUAAAACUGUCGAAAUUGAUACUUCACAACCUUACUCCUAUCUGCCUCCUAGUAAUCCCCGAAGAUCAAAUCAUCAGCAGCAGCAUCAAAGACCAAGUUCACCUCUUCAUAGACCUCACCAAUCCUUCCGCUCUCCCGCCACGCCUUCUCCUUCCCGAACAGCUCCUCCUAUACACCUCCGCUCUGCCAGUCCCCGGUGUUCGAGAGAAGUAGAAAGAAACAGCUACCAUUCGGCUCACACCCCCAGCCUAAGACCUAAUAAUAACCAGCAGCCUAGGGGUACUGCAAGUGUUGCUACAAUAAUAAUGCCAAAUUACAUGGCUGCAACCGAGUCCGCUAAGGCCAGGAUUCGUUCACAAAGUGCUCCCCGGCAGAGGCCAUCGACCCCCGAGAGGGAGCGAAUAGGAAUAGGAUCGGCCAAGAAACGCCUAUCCUUCCCGGUUAACAAUGCUGCAGGCGGUGAGGGUUAUGGAAUGGGAGGGUAUUUGCAUAACUUGAGGAGCCCGAGCUUCAAGAGCGUGGUGAGUGCAUUUGGAUAUGAGCAGCAGUCUAACUAUUCGUCUUGUUGCGGCACCGAGAGUGUUGGAGGUGGUGGUGGUGGUGGUGGUGAGGUUUCUCCUUGUACUAGUGACCUUAGAAGGUGGCUGAGAUAAUAAGGUAAUAACAGAUCACCAAAGGGUGAAUGAAACAUUUUCAUUUUUCAACUUAAAGCUAGCUUAGCUAACUCUGAUCUUCCUAUAUAGUAAUAUAUAUAGGUGUUUGGUACUAGAAUUAGUAUUCCUUAAGUUUCUUCAGUUUUGAUGCUAUUCAUGGAUUUGGCCUUGUCUCUUCUUCCUGCUGUUUAGAUGUAGUGGAUUGAGUGAGUUGUGUUAGUACCAAAAUUAAUAUAAAUAUAUUAGUUUAGUACAUGA